AUGUCGUCCGACCUAGACACCCUCCUGGAGAUGGGCUUUGACAAGUCACGUGCUGAGCUGGCAGUGAAGAAGGGCGGCGGUUUGGAGGGGGCUAUGAACUGGCUGGAGAAGACACAGGACACCCCUCUUGAUGAGCUGCAGGCCGAGGAAGCUGCUGGACCGUCGACGGCCACUCUGGAAGAAGGUCAAGUCGCCAAAUCAAUUGUUUGCAACGACUGUGGCAAGAAGUUCCGCAACCAGGAGCUUGCUGGCUUUCACGCCGAGAAGACUGGCCAUGAUGACUUUGCAGAGUCCAUUGAGGAGAUUGCUGCUCUGACCGAGGAGGAGAAGAAGGAACGCCUCCAGGAGAUGCGCAGUAAGCUCGCAGAGAAGAGAGCCGCACAGGCUGUCAAGGAUAAGGAGGACGCUCGAGCCAACGAGAAAAUCCGCCAGAAGGCCACUCAGGAGAGCCAGGACGUGAAGGAAGAGCUUCAGCGAAAGCAACAGAUCAAGGACGCAGCCAAGAAGCGCCAGGAGAAGAUAGACGACAUUGAGGCCAAGAAGCGCAUCAAGGCCAAGAUCGAGGCCGAUAAGGAGGAGAGACGACGCAAGGCUGAGCAGGCCAAGGCCGUCCGUGAGGGUAAGCCUGACCCUGCCCUGGCGGGUGCGUCCACACCUGCUGCCUCCACACCCGCUGCCGCGAAGCCUACCGUCAACCACGCCGAGGCUCGUCUGAGAGUUCAAACCUCGGCUGGAAACAUCAUGAAGACUCUGCCUGCAGAGACAACUUUGUUCGAGCUUGCCCAACAACUGCAGAGCGAGAACGGAGUUACGGUGAACAAGUUCAGCCUGAAUUUCCCGAGAAAGGUCUUCGAGGGCGUAGAUCUGGGCAAGACGCUCAAGGAGGCGGGCCUUGUGCCCAGCGCUGCCUUGAUCGCGCAGUAG